CCCUUAUUUGCCACACUCAACUUCCUGCCUCACCAGAGGAAGUGGGGAGAGACGGCAGGUGCGGCAACAGCUAGCAGGGCCAUGCAGGACAAGGAGUAUGUGGGUUUCGCCGCCCUCCCCAACCAGCUGCACCGCAAGUCCGUCAAGAAGGGCUUUGACUUCACACUCAUGGUGGCAGGGGAGUCAGGCCUGGGAAAAUCCACGCUCAUCAACAGCCUGUUUCUGACGAAUCUCUAUGAGGACCGGCAAUUGCCAGAGGCCAGUGCUCGCUUGACACAAACGCUGACCAUUGAGCGCAGGGGCGUGGAGAUCGAGGAGGGGGGUAUAAAGGUGAAACUGACCCUGGUGGACACACCUGGCUUUGGGGACUCCGUGGAUUGCUCAGACUGCUGGCUGCCUGUGGUGCGCUUUAUUGAGGAGCAAUUUGAGCAGUAUCUUAGGGAUGAGAGUGGCCUGAACCGGAAGAACAUUCAGGAUUCCCGUGUCCACUGCUGCCUCUACUUCAUCUCACCCUUUGGCCGAGGGCUCCGGCCCCUAGAUGUGGCCUUUCUCCGGGCAGUGCACGAAAAGGUCAACAUCAUCCCAGUCAUUGGCAAAGCAGAUGCCCUAAUGCCCAAGGAAACCCAGGCCCUCAAGCAGAGGAUCCGGGACCAGUUGAAGGAGGAGGAGAUCAACAUCUACCAGUUUCCUGACUGUGACUCUGAUGAGGAUGAGGACUUCAAGAGGCAGGAUGCAGAGAUGAAGGAAAGCAUCCCUUUCGCAGUCGUCGGUUCCUGCGAGGUAGUGAGGGACGGCGGGACCCGUCCCGUGAGGGGGCGCCGCUACUCCUGGGGUACUGUGGAGGUGGAGAACCCACAUCACUGCGAUUUCCUGAACCUGCGACGGAUGCUGGUGCAGACACACCUGCAGGACUUGAAGGAGGUGACCCACGAUAUUCUCUAUGAGGGCUACAGGGCCAGCUGCCUACAGAGCCUGGCCCGGCCUGGGGCGCGUGAUCGAGCCAGCCGCAGUAAGCUCUCCCGCCAGAGCGCUACAGAGAUCCCGCUGCCAAUGCUGCCUCUGGCCGAGACCGAGAAGUUGAUCCGCGAGAAAGAUGAAGAGCUUCGCCGCAUGCAAGAGAUGCUGGAGAAGAUGCAGGCCCAGAUGCAACAGGGCCAGACUCAGGGCGAGCAGUCGGACGCUCUCUGAGGCCCCUGCCCGGGCCCUGCUUUACCUCGGCUCCGCCUUCAGUCCGUCUUUUGUCCAAUCCCCAAGCCUCUGGCCGCCGGGCGCUUAAUCCCGGAGCCCCAGCCUGAGAAGUCCGCCCGGGCACGGGGUUCGAAGGCUAACAGGUUCCUGCACACUGAGUUUGUAGCCCCGCCUUUGGCCCCGCCCCGCCCCGCCCCAUGACUCCCACCUCCGCCCCUCUUCACCCAAGUUGUAACUUCAAUAAAAAGUUCCCCUGAA